AUGUCCCUCGAAGUGUAUAAAGUAAAAAAAGGAGAUUUACUAGAUUCAAAUAAUGCAAUGAUUUAUCAUAAAUUCAUUUUAGAAAUAUACGGUGAUAGCCAGGUUACAAAAUUAUCUUCAUCCUCUGUAUCAGACAAAGACUACUCGGAACAUUUUACCUGGGGAUCGUUGAACUUUCAAUUUAAGAAACACAGGAAAAUCUCUAGAAUUGUAUCAUUACAUUACAACUCCCGUAAGCAGGAUAUUUUCUCCAGGCAGUUUGGAUUGAUUAGCUGCAAUGUUACCGUAAAAGACCAUGUCAGGUUACAUAUUACGCUCGAAAACGAUACGCUUACACGAUACCCUAUCACUGCUAGCAUUCUCCAGCAGGAUACCUCAAAGACACGAAAUAAAAUAAACUGCCUAUGUAAGGCCCAUAAUUCGAAAAUAUGUCAGAUUAUGUUCUUAGAAGAAGGAAAAACAAGCCACACAAAUCAGAAGUAUCUGAAAAAGCAACGAUAA